AUGGCAGAUGACUCUACGAAUAAUCCCUUCUUUCUUCCAGCAAAUAAUAAUCUUGGUCUCAUUCUUACUUCGCAACCUCUCACUGGUCCAGAAAACUACAUGAGUUGGGCAAGAACUGUGUUAUUGGCCUUGAGUUCCAUAAACAAGUUUGGUUUUGUGGAUGGAUCAAUUCCUGAGCCUGAUUCAUCUUCUCCAUUGUACAAUUCUUGGAGCAUAUGCAACACUAUAGUGCAUUCUUCGUUAACUAAUUCACUUAGUUUGGAUUUGAAGGCCAGUGUUAUGUACAUCAACAAUGUAAAAGGUUUGUGGAUUGAUCUUAAGGACAAGUUGUCUCAGGGUAACACUCCAUGGCUAUUUGAGCUUGAGAAGGAGAAUUCACAUCUUGCACAAGGAUCACUAUCGAUGAGUUCUUAUUUCACAAAGUUUAAGACUUUGUGGGAUGAAUAUGCUAAUUACCAGCCUUUCACCGUCUGUACUUGUGCUUUAUGUUCUCUGGUUUUGCAAGAAGAGAAAAGAAGGAAUAUUGGUCAAGGUUUUAACAUGAUUCAAUUAGGUGAUGAUGUUGCUAUGUAUGUGAAUAAUAGCAAAGGUUUUCUUGGUCAUCAAGGACACAAGAAUGGUGGUAAAGGGGGUUAUGGCAAGAAAGCUAGGCUUGUCUGCACUUAA